UACACAGACAAAUGUGAUGACCGAGCUAAAGGACGUUCAUGAAAUAAGUGGAGCUUUACAGGAAAAAUAACCAUAUUAAGAAACAUUUGGAUAGUUUUAUAUGGAUUCCUGCUUCGCUUGGUGCCAGAUAAAAGCUGUGUAGUGAUUCCAGAGUUACAACACUGCACAGAGCUGGGAUUUUCUCAAGCCAAAAGCUGAUUUCCAUCAACCAAUCUGCGGCUAAAGAGAGCAGCUGAGCACCGUUAAGCACUGAUUAAAGCUCCCAGCAGCUUCUCUCCACGCUCACAGCAGAAAAUGUCUCGGACACACACACCGGUCCUCCUCUGUGUUCUCACUGUGUGCAUCACAUCUCUGGUGCUGGGUACAGAUGAAGCUCAGAGUGACGAUGAGUGUGCCGACCUGAACAGCUACACCUUCCUGGAGUACCGGCAGCAGAGAGGCAAGGUGCAGGUUCAGUACCUGCUGCUCACCAGGAGGAACAUGGACUGUGCAGAGCGCUUCAGACACGAGUCUCUCUCUGAAACACAGCAACCGCCGACUAACUUCAACAUCUCCCGCCCAACAAAGGUCAUCAUCCACGGCUUCAGGAUUACGGGCAGUAGGCCCACCUGGGUGCGGCUCCUGGCCCACGCGCUGCUGGAGGCCCAGGAUGUGAACGUGCUGGUGGUGGACUGGGUCUACGGCGCCUCCUUCGCCUACAACCAGGUGGUGGAGAACUACAAGGAGGCGGCUCUGCAGAUCUCCGUGCUCAUCAACCAGCUGCAGGAACAUGGAUGCAAACUGCAGUCCUUCCACUUCAUCGGCAUCAGUCUGGGGGCGCACGUCGCUGGUUUUGUGGGGACCCUUUUCGAGGGGAAGAUAGGACGAAUCACAGGUCUGGACGUGGCUGGUCCUUUGUUUAAAGGCGCCGACACCUACGACCGCCUCGACCCGUCUGACGCUCUGUUCGUCGAGGCCAUCCACACCGACUCUGACUAUUUUGGGAUUUCCAUUUCUGUCGGUCAUGUGGAUUUCUUCCUGAACGGAGGGAAGGAUCAGACAGGAUGUGCUCGCUCCAGGUUCAGCUCACUGUUUGGUUAUGUGCUGUGUGACCACAUGAGGGCGAUCUACGUCUACAUGAGUGCGCUGAACGGCUCGUGCCCGCUGGUGGGGGUCCCGUGCUUCAGUUACGAGGACUUCCUGCAGGGACGCUGCCUGACCUGUGACGCCUUCAAGGGCAAAUGUCCCACUAUAGGUUUGGCAGAAAACAGUGGGAUCUCCAUAUCUCCGUUACCCAAAGAGCAGAAGCUUUUCCUCCUCACGACUUCUUCAUCACCUUUCUGCACUCAUCAGAUCCUGCUGCAGGUGGAGGUUUCUCCUCUGGAUAAGAGCGCUGAGGUGGAGGUGACGCUGGUGACGGAGAACCAGGGGACCGAGCAGAAGCUCCCGCUUCGGAAAGACACGACUGUGUACAGCGUGGUGUUGUCUCACCCCGUCGCUCUGUGUGAGAUCAACUCCAUGAAGAUAAAGAACACUGGAAAUCGCUUCUACAGGCAGGGAGACAUCCACGUGAAAUCUGUCUGCCUCUCAGAGAUCCCCUCUCAAAGCCGAGAGGAGCCGCUGUGUGUGAACAACAUCGACAUCAGACGAGGAGCUCCGUGGUCACAUGACUUCGUGCAGGUGUGUGGCUCCUCCUGAAGAAAUUAGACCUUCUCUUGAAAUAUGCUUUUAAUAAAAAAGACUCCCAUCUGUU